AACUUUCCAAGUGGUCAACUUGACCGAUAGUUUUUCAGUCGAGAAAGGCAGAAAGGCUAGCGCUGGUGGGUGGAUGGGGAGAGAGAGCUGAGACCUCUUCUUCCCGUGUGUGCGGGGGAGGAGGGUGGAGGUGCAGAGAGGCAAAAGGGACGCGGAAGGAAAAGGAGAGGGCUUCUCGGUCAGUUUUCGCCUCCUGCCUUCAAAUUCCUUGUGGAGAGGGCGCUAGGUUCGGGACGCGCGAGUGCGCUCCUUAGCGGUCCGCGUGUCGCCAGGUGGGUAACCCGGCACAGGAGGAAGGGGAAGUUACCUUCCCCUCGGAAGAGGGCGCUGGCUCCCUCAUCCUGCCUUUAUAAUCAGGUCGCGGCCGGAGAGGAAGCAGCCAGCUGCCGUCUGCGCUCUGCAAAGCAUGCAGUUAGGGGAGCAGCUCUUGGUGAGCUCGGUGAACCUGCCUGGCGCGCACUUCUACCCACUGGAAGGGGCGCGAGGCGGUGGCGGCGGGAGCGCCGGCCGCCUCCCGGGAGCGGCCCCCUCGCCUCAGAGGCUGGACUUAGACAAAGCGCCCAAGAAGUUCUCGGGCAGCCUCUCGUGUGAGGCAGGGAGCGGGGAGCCCUCAGCCGCCAAUUCCGGGGCCCCCGCGGCCAUGCUCAGUGACGCCGACGCCGGGGACGCCUUUGCCGGCACCGCGGCCGUGGCCAAGCCGGGGCCCCCGGACGGCCGCAAGGGCUCCCCCUGCGGGGAGGAGGAGCUGCCCUCAGCCGCCGCCGCCAGCGCGCGCUACUCCAUGGACAGCCUGAGCUCGGAGCGCUACUACCUCCAGUCCCCCGGGCCUCAGAGCUCCGAGCUGGCCGCGCCCUGCUCGCUGUUCCCGUACCAGGCGGCUGCCGGGGCGCCCCACGGAUCUGUGUACCCAGCUCCCAACGGGGCGCGCUACCCCUACGGCUCCAUGCUGCCCCCCGGCGGCUUCCCCGCGGCCGUGUGCCCACCCGGCAGGGCGCAGUUCGGCCCGGGAGCAGGCGCGAGCGGCGGCGCGGGAGGCAGCGGCGGGGGAAGCGGCCCGGGCGCCUAUCAGUACGGCCAGGGGGCUCCGCUCUACGGGCCGUACUCCGGGGCAGCAGCCGCGGGUUCCUGCGGAGGACUCGGGGGCCUGGGGGUUCCCGGCCCCGGCUUCCGCGCCCACGUCUACCUGUGCAACCGGCCUCUGUGGCUCAAAUUCCACCGCCACCAAACCGAGAUGAUCAUUACGAAACAGGGCAGACGCAUGUUUCCUUUCUUGAGUUUCAACAUAAACGGACUCAAUCCCACCGCCCACUACAACGUGUUCGUAGAAGUGGUGCUGGCGGACCCCAACCACUGGCGCUUCCAGGGGGGCAAAUGGGUGACCUGCGGAAAAGCCGACAAUAACAUGCAGGGCAACAAAAUGUAUGUUCACCCAGAGUCUCCUAAUACUGGUUCCCACUGGAUGAGACAGGAGAUUUCCUUUGGGAAAUUAAAACUCACCAAUAACAAAGGCGCAAAUAACAACAACACCCAGAUGAUCGUCUUACAGUCUUUACACAAGUACCAACCACGACUACACAUCGUUGAAGUCACAGAAGAUGGCGUGGAGGACUUGAACGAGCCCUCCAAGACUCAGACCUUCAUCUUCUCAGAAACGCAGUUCAUUGCAGUGACUGCCUACCAAAACACCGAUAUAACUCAACUAAAGAUUGAUCACAACCCCUUUGCAAAAGGCUUCAGGGACAACUAUGACUCCAUGUACACCGCUUCCGAAAAUGACAGGUUAACUCCAUCUCCCACGGAUUCUCCUAGAUCCCAUCAGAUUGUCCCUGGAGGUCGGUACGGCAUUCAGUCCUUCUUCCCGGAGCCCUUUGUCAACACUUUACCUCAAGCCCGAUAUUAUAAUGGCGAGAGAACCGUGCCACAGACCAACGGCCUCCUUUCACCCCAACAGAGCGAAGAGGUGGCCAACCCUCCCCAGCGAUGGCUUGUCACACCCGUCCAGCAACCUGGGACCAACAAACUAGACAUCGGUUCCUAUGAGUCUGAAUAUACUUCCAGCACCUUGCUCCCAUAUGGUAUUAAAUCCUUGCCCCUCCAGACAUCCCAUGCCCUGGGGUAUUACCCCGACCCCACCUUCCCUGCAAUGGCAGGGUGGGGAAGUAGAGGUUCUUAUCAAAGGAAGAUGGCAGCUGGACUCCCAUGGACCUCCAGAACAAGCCCCCCUGUGUUCUCUGAAGAUCAGCUCUCCAAGGAGAAAGUCAAAGAAGAAAUUAGCUCUUCUUGGAUAGAGACACCCCCGUCCAUCAAGUCUCUUGACUCCAGUGAUUCAGGGGUGUACACCAGUGCUUGUAAGCGAAGGCGGCUGUCUCCUAGCUCCUCUAGCAAUGAAAAUUCUCCCUCCAUAAAGUGCGAGGACAUCAAUGCUGAAGAGUACAGUAAAGACACCUCAAAAGGCAUGGGGGGGUAUUAUGCUUUUUACACGACUCCCUAAAGAGUUAUUUUAGCCUCGUCAAAAUGAGCUAACUUUUUGCCGAUGGACUUGGUGGUGUUUUUUGUUGUCUUCUUUGUCUAGGUUGCCAAAAAGACGUUUGCCUUCCACCCUGAUGCAUCCCGUUUUGUGCAAUUCUCUAAAAGAAGGUGCCAAAGCUUUUUGAUUGCUUCAGGUAACUGAAACAAGCCUAGCAUUUUUUUCUUUUUUAAUAAAAUUAAUGGAGGACUUUCAUGUGUUUUUAAAUUUGAAGGUGAUUCAAAGUUAUGGAUUUAUUUAUUGGAGACACUAGACAUUCAAAGAGCUGGGCUGUGAAAAUUGAGUGCCUAGCGCCAUCAAAGGUGUUGAAACCUUUGGUUCUCAUUUUUAUUUGUAAAUCUGUAAGCAAAUAGAAGCCCAGAGUGGUAAGAUGUUUUGCUUCUGGAAUAGAAGGGUGGGCCUUAACCUUCAACAAGGGACUUUUGCUGUUAACUUUCUGCUAGGGACAAAAGAUGUUAGGCCUGGGAGGCAAGAACUUUGUGAAGGUGCUGGUUUGACCUGACUUUGAUUCUUCCCAGGCUUUUGAAACAAGCCAUGUUUGCGCUAGUCCAGGAUCGCCUCAUGUACUAGGCCUCUGCUGUCUGCCUGGGUGGCUUUUAGGACUUAGGAGACAGCAAGGGAGGGGGGCACCAGAAAACAAACAAACAAAAACGGAGAAUUUUAAAGGGUACAGUUGUGUGCUUAGAUACACUGUAGAAUAAUGUGGAAAAUACUGUACAAAUAGUCUACGUAGGUAUACGAGAUUAUGUAAAAUUGGUGCUUUGGCUUUGUAAAGAAUUUGCAAUUCACCGAACCACAGCUGCAGGAGCAGGGGAAGUUUCGUCAUCCCCACAACAUACGGGAAUAUUCUGUUUACUUCUUAGUUAAGAAUGUAUUCAGCUACUGUACUAACUUGAAACAUGCUAAGGAAAACCCCCAUGUCAUCCUCUUCCUCCACCACCCCCACUUCCCAACUUGGUAAUAUGAGGAAACAGAAACCUGACGCCCCAGCUCCUAUAGGCUUUCUAGAGACCUUGGAUUUUUAUGUACAGUCGUAGUCAUUUUUAAUAAAUGUAGUUCAUUAAGGGAAC